CCCCGGAAGUAAAAAAAAAAAAGAGAAAAGCCCGGUUACAAAAAAUCAGAUAAUAAUAAGAGAAACAUAACCUUCUAACUCUAACUUUCAGCAAAACCCUAGGGCGGCGGCAACAAGAGCAACCGGCGGCAGCGGAAGGGAAGAACAUGGUGCACGUUUCCUUUUACCGAAACUAUGGGAAAACAUUCAAGAAGCCUCGUCGUCCAUACGAGAAGGAACGUUUGGAUGCUGAGUUGAAGCUUGUGGGAGAGUACGGUCUUCGGUGCAAAAGGGAGCUUUGGAGGGUACAGUACGCUCUUAGCCGUAUCCGUAACAAUGCAAGGAAUCUUCUUACAUUGGACGAGAAGAAUCCUCGUCGGAUCUUUGAGGGUGAAGCACUUUUAAGGAGAAUGUUUCGUUACGGUCUCCUCGAUGAAACUCAGAACAAGCUCGAUUAUGUUUUGGCUCUUACUGUUGAAAACUUUCUUGAGCGCCGCCUUCAGACUCUUGUCUUCAAAUCUGGAAUGGCUAAGUCUAUUCAUCAUGCUAGGGUUCUUAUUAGGCAAAGGCACAUUAGGGUUGGAAGGCAGGUGGUCAACAUCCCAUCGUUCAUGGUGAGAGUUGAUUCACAGAAGCACAUUGACUUCUCACUCACAAGUCCUCUUGGUGGUGGUCGUCCUGGUCGCGUGAAGCGAAGGAACCUCAAGGCUGCUGCUAAGAAGGCUGCUGGUGGUGAUGGAGAUGAGGAGGAUGAAGAUUAGAUUAUGAAUUUCUUUUGUUUAGAUCCUUCUACCAACCUUUUUAUCUGUCGUAGAUUUUUUUUGUCUAUCAUAUGCAUGACUCGUGUAAUUUUUCUAUCCUUGUUUCUCGUGUGAGGAAUUAUAUCCUGAGAUAUGUUGUUUUUUAAACUUUCCUUUUCCCAAAUAUGAAGUUUUGCCGCAAUACCUGUGAUCAUCUCUGGGUUUAGGCUUAAUGUUAUUUCACAUAAUAUUUCAUAGCACUCUAAAUGCAUUGAGUAUCCAAGUUUUUGAUCCAA